CGGCGGCGGCGGCGCGCGUGCGCGUGCCCGUUCUUGGCGGAGGCCUCCACGUGUGGCGGCGGCGCCAUGGGGCGGAAGCUGGACCCGCUGAGGGAGAAGCGCGGCCCCGGGCGCAAGGCCCGCAAGCAGCGGGGGGCUGAGGUGGAGCUGGCCCGCUUCUUGCCCCCGGAGGAGGAGAGCGGCAGGAGGAAGCUGUCCAGCCACGCGCGGAGGAGGGCCGCCAAGAGGCGACUGGGAGCGGCGAGCGGCCCGGCGGGGAGGAAGGCGCCGGGAGGAGGGCGGCAGGCGGCAGCUAAAGAGCAGGUAUCCCCUCAGAAGGAGACGCAUCCCAAAAGGGCAGCAGGACAAGCCCCUCAGCGCAAAUCUGGCUUCAGUGACGGCAAUGCGAAAUGGCUGACUCCAGCCAAAGCCAAAAAGAACUCGUCUAAAGGAAACAAUGUGGAGUUAUCCAGCGAUGGUGAGGUGGAAGAGGGCUGCUGGGAGAUGGAGGAGGACGAGGAUGAGAGCGGUGAGGAGAUGGUGGAUGAUUAUGGCGCCUCAUCAUCUGGAGAGGAGGAAGAGUUGCUGCCUAUUGAAAAAGCUGCCCUGAAGCAGAAGUCUGACAGGGGAGGCCUCAGUGAAGAUGACAGUGAAGAGGAGGAGGAAGAAGAGGAGGAGGCUGAGGAGACAAGCAGGAAGAAGACAGGACAGAAGGAAGAAGAGAACACAGAUCUGCAGCUCAACCUGGAUAUAGAUGAACAGUUUAAAUUGCCAACUAAUGAGCAGAUUGAGAAAGAGACCAAUGAGCCACUCGACCUGCACAUCAUUCACCAGCGCAUCAAGGGCAACAUGGAGGUGCUGCAGGACUUCAGGGUGAAGCGGGAGGAAGGACGCACGCGACAGGAGUACCUCGCGUUACUGAGCCGGGACAUGGCUGCCUACUACUCCUACAGUGACUUCUUGCUCAAGACGUUCAUGGAUAUCUUUCCACUCCCUGAGCUGAUAAACUUUCUGGAAGCCAACGAGGUUCCCCGUCCUGUGACCAUUCGUACCAACACACUCAAGACGCGGCGACGGGACCUGGCACAGGCUCUCAUCAACCGUGGCGUGAAUCUUGACCCCUUGGGAAAGUGGUCAAAAACUGGACUUGUUAUUUAUGACUCUUCCGUGCCCAUUGGUGCCACCCCUGAGUAUCUGGCUGGGCACUACAUGCUGCAGGGAGCUUCCAGUCUUCUCCCCGUUAUGGCUCUGGCUCCGCAGGAGAAUGAACGCAUCCUGGAUAUGUGCUGUGCCCCGGGGGGCAAGACCAGCUACAUAGCUCAGCUCAUGAAGAACACAGGUAUGAUCUUGGCCAAUGACAGCAAUGCUGAGCGGCUGCGUAGUGUGGUGGGGAACUUGCAUCGUCUGGGAGUCACCAAUGCUGUCGUGAGUAACUGCGAUGGACGCCAGUUCCCCAAGGUACUUGGAGGGUUUGACCGUGUCUUGCUUGAUGCUCCUUGUAGCGGAACAGGCGUCAUUUCCAAGGAUCCUGCUAUCAAAACCAAUAAGGACGAGAAAGACAUCCUGCGCUGCGCUCACCUGCAGAAGGAGCUGCUUCUCAGCGCUAUAGAUUCAGUCAGUGCUGCCUCAGAGACAGGGGGCUACAUUGUGUACUGCACCUGCUCCAUCACAGUGGAGGAAAACGAGUGGGUGGUGGAUUAUGCCCUGAAGAAACGCAAUGUUCGUUUGGUGGCCACAGGACUGGACUUUGGCAAGGAAGGUUUCACCAGGUUCAAGGGCCGUCGUUUCCACCCCUCCCUCAAGUCUACACGGCGUUUCUAUCCCCACACACACAAUAUGGAUGGGUUCUUCAUUGCCAAAUUCAAGAAAUUCUCUAAUGCCAUUCCCAAGGCACAGAAAGAUGAAGAACCCGCUGUGGAAGCAGCAAGUCCGUCCGCUGGCCCUGAGACUGUCGUGGAGCCUCAGCCAAAAAAGAAGAAACUUGAGGAAUCAAAAAUUGCCCAGGAGCAGAAAAAAAAACAGCCUGCUUUGAAGAAGAGACAUUCUUUGCAGGGUCAGAGGAGACCCUUGAAGGCUGUCCAGCAUUCAUCCCAGAAGUCACAUGCCCAAGUCCCUGCAAGGAAGAAGCAUAAGGUGAAACUGAAUGGACAGUGAGAGGAACUGCUCUUCCAGGUGUUGUAUCCCUCCUUAGGGAGCAAAGGUUGGGGGGCUGUCCUGGCUGCGUGUGUACCAUGUUGCUUUUCCUGCUCUGUGCAGAUAAUCACUGCAGUACUGAGUGCCCAGGACAGCCACAACAACCCCCUUUACUCCUUUCUCUCCUCUGCAUCAAGGACUGACACACUGACCCAUUAAAAGUUUUAUACUCUUGUUCAAA